ACCUUCCAUCCCUCUCUCCCACCCCUCCCUCUCUCCCUACUCGCCCUCGAUUCCCCCGCCUGUCCCCCGCGGCCAUGUCGGAUCGAGCGGCCAGGAGGUGGGGGGGGGACGACCGAUGCCCGGCGUGGACCGCGCCUUGCAGCCCGCGGCGGAGUUGGUGCUGCAGCCGCAGGAGGCCGGCGCGCACAUCCGGCCUCUCCCAGCGGACAGGGUCCUGACCGCGGACGGUGGCCUGGUCCGGAGCGCCCUCGGCGCUCCCCCGCUGGCGCCGGCGGGCCGCAGGGGCCGGUGGGUGCACCUGCCAUGCGCAGCGGGCUCUCCGGGCGUCCCCGCGAGGGGCUCCCUGGGCUCGGGCGCGGCGCCCCGGGCGGCGAGGCCGCCGGGGCAGCCGGCGGCGGCCGCGCCGGGCGCGGCCUCUCGCCAGGCCUCGCCGCUCGGCGCCCGGGCGCGGUCGGACUCCCCGCCCCGGGGCCCCAGCGCCGCCCUGCCCGCCCGUGGCCAGCUGCCCGUGCGCCUCGCGAGCCACGGGCCGCCCGCCGCCGCGGCCUCGAGGGGGGCGCCGGGCCAGGGCGCGCAGGGCCUGUCGGCGGCGGCCACGUCGGGCGCAGCCUCGCGCCUGGUCUCGCCGCUCGGCGCCCGGGCGCGGUCGGAUUCCCCCCCCCAGCGGCCAACAGCCACCGCGCUGGCCCGGGGCCAGCCGCCCGCGUGCCUUGUGAGCAGCGGGGCUCCAGUCGCCUGUGCCGCUGCGCCAGCGAGCGCCGCUGCGGGGGCGCGGGCAUGGACGGCGCUGCAGCCCGCACUCAGUGCGUCGGUCUCGCUUCUGGGCUCUGGGCAGCCCUGCAUGGCUCGCUGGCGGCCUGAGAGCACCUCGGCGUGCGCGGCCCAAUUCCCUGGACGACACGCAGCCCGCGCCGCAAGUGGCGGGGUGCCAGCGUCAGCUCUGCCUCGCCGCUCGUCCUCGUGUGGUGCGAACCCCCGCGGCACGCCCGUGCCGCAGCCGCAUUGGGUGCGCACGUCGCAACCAGCAACAGUGCGGUGCUCUCGGCAGCCGUCUAUGCACUACCUGGCGUCGGCAAUUCCGACGCCACGCCCCCUCGGCUCCAUGACUCUGCAGGAGCAGGGGCCUGCGCCACUGGGCCUGCAGCCCGCCGCCACAGCGCCAGCGACCCCAGCGCCUGCGUCGGGGCCUGGCCUCCAGGCUCCGCGGGAUCCCACUGCGCCGCAAGCGCAGGGCGACGGCGGCGUGCAGCAUCGCGCUGGGCAGACAGGACCGCUCGGCGAAGGAGCGCCCGUGAUUGGCAGCGCGCAGGUGCUCGGAGGUGGUCUGCAGGGCCUCGCGGCGCAGGUGGCCCACGCGCCUGCUCAGUGCGCAGAAGCCCUGCAGGGCACGCGGCCAGCACGCCCCGACCCGCCACACGCCGCGGGGGACCCACGGGCCAAGGACCCGGCCGCUGCGGGGGGCGCGGAGGCGCUGCUGCUCUCCUACGCGCAGCUGCCUCGCGCCGAGCCUGGCGAGGGCCCGGCGCAGGAAGCGCCUGCGGAGGCUGACUCAUCGUUCCUGCUGAAGCCCUCCGAGGGGCUCGCGGGCUCCGCAGGGGCAGCCACCGGCCCAGCCAGCGGCCCGGAGGCGGAUCUGCCCGCGACCCCGCUGCCGCCCGCGCAGGGCGCCGAGGAGGACCUCGCGGCCGUGUUCGCCAGCUACGAGGCCUCCGCAGUUGCGCAGCCCGGCCUCGCCCCAGGGGGCUCCGCCGCGACGGCGGAGCGGGCCGCCCUGCCGGAGGCGACGCCGACGGGCGCCUCGUCGGACUCGGAGCGCGAGCCCCUGCGCUCGCGCCCGUCUCCGGGGCCUCGGACCGUCCAGCAGCUCGAGCCCUCGCUCGGGCUCCCGCAGCUCGGCGCGCCGCCGCUGGCCGGGCGCCCGUCGGCGAGCUCGGGGGGCGGAGGCUCGGCAGGCCGAGUCGCGGACUACUUAGCCCUGGGCGACCCCGCGGCCUGGACGGGCGAGGCCCGCCCUGGGCCGUCUGGGGUGACGGAGGCCGACUUGCUGGGGCUUGCGAGCGCAGGCGACGACGGCUCGGCGGGCAGCGGCGUCGGCGAGGGCGGCGACUGCCUGCGUGCCGCCUCCGCCUGCCCCGAGAAGGAAUCCGCCGACAGGGAAACGUCCCCGCCCAGGCAGGACCCGGCGACGGCGGACGCCUGCGGCACUCUGGUGUUCGAGGAGCACGGCGGCUUGGGCACCAGAGUCGCCCGCGGCCUCAGCGCCAGCAGCAGCACCUGGAAGCCAGCGUCGCCCGCGGUCUCCGCGCGCCUCGGCCCGGCGUGCGACCGCUCGUCUUCGCCAGUGUUGCCGACGAUGCGUUUUAGCGGCGCCUUUACGCACAUGCCCUCGCCGCCAGCAGCAGUAUUCCUCGCGUCAGGUGGGUCCCCGAAGGCCUCGACCUUCGCCUGCCCCGCCGCGCAAGGGUCGCCAGAGCUCUCGUCCCCCGCCUACCCCACAGAGCACGGGUCGCCGCAGCUCUCGUCCUUCGCAUACCCCGCUGCGCGCGGAACGCCAACUGUGGCCCGCCCGCGGUCGCCCAGGGGCGCCGCCUUCGCCUACCCUGCCGCGAAGGGGUCGCCAGAGCUCUCGUCAUUCACCUACCCGAGCACGCACUGGUCGCCGAAGGCCACAACCUUCGCUUGCCCCGCCCCGCACGGGUCGCCAGAGCUCUCGUCUUUCGCCUACCCCACAGUGCACGGGUCGCCGCAGCUCUCGUCCUUUGCCUACCCCGCCGCGCACGGAUCGUCGGCCGCCGCCCACCCGCGCUCCCCUCGGGGCACGGCCUUCGCGCACCCUGCGGCGCAGUCACCAACCCAGACGGUUGCGCUCCCGAGCGCCUUGCCAGCCCUGGCGAGCGCCAGCCCAGCCCCAGCCUUGGGCUCGUGGUCUCCCACCUUCAGAAGGCGCCCCUUCGCGGCCCUGCUCCCGACGUCGCCGCCGCCCGUGUACGCCGCGGCCUUCGCCGCGCUGGCGGCGCGGCCCGCCCACGCGGCCCCCGUGCCACCUCCCGCGGGCGUGGUGGCGGCCUCGCCGCCGCGGCGAUCUGUCGGGGUGCCGGGGCGCACGGAGUUCCCGCACGCGUCCGGGGCGCAGACGUUCGGCCCCGCCGGCGCCGCGCACGCGCAGGCAGUCGAGGGCCUCGCCAUCGGAAGCCCGAGGAGCGCAGCGCUGAAGCGGUCGCCCUUCAGUGGUCUGCUGGGCGGCAGGAGCGAGGGCGUCUGAGGCGGCCAUCCGCCGGGCGCCACCGCGCGCCCGACCAGCUCCGCGCGCCCCGCCCUCUCCUCCCGUUCCUGCUCCUCCUCGCUGUCGUCCUC